AUGAUAUCGGAACUGGAUCGGUAUCGUCCGAUACCCAAGCUCAGGUAUCGGGAUCGGAUCGGAAAGAUUCUUGUAACAAGUUCCAAGAAAAUGGAGAAGAGUGAACGAAAGCCUUCUUACAUAAUUCAGUCCGAGCAAAAGGGACAGGAAGAAGCAGCAAAUCAUUGUGGGGAUCCUUUUAAAGAAGACAACAUUGUUGUGCUUAAUGGCACGAAGGAGGAGGUUGACAAGCUCAGACAGAAGAUGGAGGAGAGGCGGUCAAAGGCAAAAACUAAGAAAUCCAAGAAGAGCAAGGCAGCUGAAACCAUGUCCACACCAGCAGUGUCAAAAGAAGAUCCAGAGUUUUCAUCUGUAGAUGUUGCUGAGAAUGGAGCUCUACAAAAUGGAAGUGAAAGCAACCACUCAGAUGUGGCCGGACCCUCUGGUGCCUCCGGCUCCUCUAAAGGCACCAAAUCCUCCACAGCCUCUUCUACCAAAAGAUCCAUCCAGAACAUGGAGGAGAAAUCAGAGGCGUUUAAAUCCCUUUUCACCACGCACAGCUCCGCCAAGCGCUCUAAAGACCAGACGUCCAACUGGGUCACCCACACCCCGUAUCACUUCUAGUGGCUGUUCCUCAGGGCAAGACUCUCGUUUUUUAAAUGGCUCUAGAAAUACACGCAUAUGUAAACGCCCACACCACCCUAACUUUACAUCAAGUCGCCAGUGUGCUGGACUCAUUCCCAGUUUGGCUCCUCGGUUCCCAUUAGCUCACAGCUCAUCGUUUGCAUGUUGCACAUUUUGUUUCCUGCUCCCUGAACAGUUCAGACUUUGUUUUGUGUAACCCGCUGUGUUUCUUAUGUAUUCCCCCACACGUCUGUCAUCAUACUGGUGACUUGAGAAUUGAUGCUGGUUUGUUUACCAUCUCUUCUUCUCUUCUGGCCCCUGGUGUCCACAGUGGAGCUCCUUGACAUGUUGGCUACAUUGAUAAAAGCUGUUAAAAAUAAAAGUAAACUAUUGUUGUUGGAUUUAUUUUACUUUUCAGUUUUUGUCGAAUGGAAAAUGCAAAGCUGUGCAUUUGGAAAAUGGAGCUUACUGGCCAGUUAUAAUUAAACCAAAUUUUACUUUUUGUUUCUUUGUAUUUGUUACAAAAUAAACUUUCUUUGG